CCUCACCUCUCUCCCUCGUAUCUUCCCUGAAGCUCAGACAGUCCCCGUCAGGUCCACCCCGGCCGUCCUCGCCGCAGCCGAACCCUAGCCGCCGGCGCGCCGUGCCCUUGGGGCUCGCCGCCGCCGCCACCCAUGGCGACGAAGCAGCCGCCGCCGUCCUCUUCCACAUCGGGGGCCGCGGUGUCCAUGAAGGACUACCUCAAGCGGUACCAGUCGGGCCCCGCCGCCGCCGGCGACCAGAAGAAGGCCAAGAAGAAGAAGAAGAACCCCAAGCCCUCGGCCGGAGGGGUGCUAAUCGUCGACGAGGACCCCGUGUGGCAGAAGCCGGUGCAGAUCCCGGAGGACGAGCCGUCGUCAGGGGACGAGAAGCCUCAGGUGGACGAGGACAUCGAGGUGAAGCGGAUGCGGCGCAUGGAGGCGAUCCGCGCGGCCCGGCCCUACAACUCCAUCGCUAACGACGGCAGCGGGUGGGUCACUCUGCCCGUUCCGGAGCCUGAGGGCAGUGGCUCGCCCCGCCGCCGUCGUAACGACACUCCGUCGCCUGAGAGGGGCGGCGGUGCCGCCGGGAGGAAGGAGGACCUCUCUCCCCCGCGGCGAAGGCAGCGGCGGGACACGCCGUCUCCUAAGCGUGGAGGUGCUGCGGGGAGCGAUAUUUCGCCGCCGAGGCAGAGGCAAAGGCGGCGUGACACGCCCUCGCCGGAGGGCAAGGGUACAGGAGAGGGAGGCGAUCUGUCACCGCCACGGAAGUCCAGGCGGCAAGACGAUUCCUCUCCUCCAAGGAGACGAGCUCGCCAUGAUUCCGAGGAGCCCCAGGACAUCUCACCACCACGGAGGCGCACGAGGCACGACUCCGAGGAGCCUCAGAACCGCUCCCCCCCUCGGCGCCGGACACGGCAUGACUCGGAGGAGCCUCAGAACCGCUCCCCCUCUCGGCGCCGGACACGGCAUGACUCGGAGGAGCCCGGAGACAUCUCUCCGCCACGAAGACGGAAACGCCAGGACUCUGCACAGCUGGACAACCCGUCACUCGCAAGAAGACAAAAUUUGGGACAGAGCCUGGGGGAUGGGGAUAUUUCUCCACCAAGGAAGGGUCGGAAGUCUGCAUCAGAUGAUUUAUCUCCACCUCGUAAGGAGAGAGACACUUCUCCUCCAAGGAAGGUUAGAAAGGAAGGAGCUCAGAAAGAGACAAUGAGAGCUGGGUUGAUGUCAGCAGAGGAAGUUAAAGAGGACAUCAGAAAGAUUAAGGAGGAUGAGAAGCUCAAGUUUGCAGCACAGGACCCUUCGUUCACUGGUAAAGGGGCAAAGGUAGUGUUCCGAGAUAAGGAAGGAAAAAGGAUAAAUCAAGAAGACAUACAGAAGGCAAAGAAAGACGAGAAGCCAAAGGAAAAACAUAUAGAAUGGGGUAAAGGUUUGGUGCAGAAACGGGCAGCCGAGGCUCGAGUGAAGGAGCUUGAAGAUGUGAAGGAUCAGCCAUUUGCGAGAACAAGGGAUGAUCCUGAGCUUGACGGCAUGCUCAAAAACAGACUCCGAUGGGGUGAUCCUAUGGCUCAUCUUGUCAAGCGCAAAGAUACAGACUUUCUUCUCAAUGACUUGGGAGAUGAUGAAAAGAUGAAGGAAUCUGGAUUUAUAGUUCCUCAAAAUGUACCUGCUCACAGCUGGCUGAAGCGUGGGGUAGAUCCUCCUCCAAACCGUUAUGGCAUAAAACCAGGCCGUCAUUGGGAUGGAGUGGACCGCAGCAAUGGAUACGAGAAGGACAUGUACAAGCUAAAGAAUGACAAGCAGGCCACGGAGCAGGAGGCCUACCUUUGGUCCGUCGCAGAUAUGUGAGCGCCGCAGCUGUCCCAAGAACAUGUCCGAUGGCAUGCUGGCUGGAUCAGUUGCUGAGGUUGCCCAAUGUGCCUGAAAGGAAAGGAAGCGAUGCCCUUGAACAUCAUUUCUUCGAACACAUGAUGACCGUAAGUGAUUUGCUCGAGUAGCCACGCAGUGCUUGGAAGCUCAGUGGAGCGACAGUUUUGUUGUGUAUUUGCUGGGAUUCUGCCACUAGAUUCUCCUUGACACAUAUAAAUAUUUUGUAACAUGUAUGUUUUUGCACAGAAGAGUAUUGGUGCCAUCCUUCUGUUGUAUAUGGGAUUUGGCUGAAACAUAGAAACUUUUAGUGAGCAAGUCUGGAUUUGCCUGGGUCA